AUGACGACGAUUCAGUUACAACAACCUCAGCAAACCCACUUCCACCAGCACCACCAGCACCAGGUGCAAUUCCAGAUUUCUCCUCGAGAAUCAGAUUCGACGCCGCUAGCGGAAAAUCCUCUCCGUCCGAUUUCCAGCCGAACAGGCUCAGCCGGCUCAUUGGACGCCGCAACGGGAUUUUAUCUUCCCCACCCCGCGCUCGCCAUCCCCACGGCUGUAGCAGACCCUGCUGCGGGCGUCGCUUCCGCGGCUGUGGCGCCCGUCGCUACAGCCGCCGCCGCCGUCGCGGGGCUCCUGACGCAGCCAGGUGGCGAGUUCUCGUGGUUCCACGUGGAGAUCCCGCGAUCGUGCCCGUCGCUUUCCGCCGCGGCUCGCCAGCUCAUCACGCAUCUGCACCCUCCGCUCCAGCUGCAGGAGAUCACCACGCUUCUAUCCAACGGUCCGUAUUGCGGCACGCUCGGCGGCGCGCUAUUCGUGCGGAUUAACUCCCCGGGGCCGAUGGACAGUCCGUACACCUUUAAGAUCGCGGCGCGGAUCACGCCGUUUGGAAUAGUAAGCGUCGCGUUGGGGCCCGUGCCGCGUUUAGAGCUGCAGAGAGAACCGGGAGGACUGUUAGGGUCGGAGGUUGGAUUAGGGUUGGCGGGGCUGGUGGCUAGGUUGCGCGACGACGCUGCCUCAGCUGCCGCAGCAAAUGGUGCGGGUUCUGCUGCAGGUGCUGCCGCUGGUGCUGUGGCUGGUGCUGCUGCUGGUCCCGCCAUUGGUGUUGCUGGUUCUGCUGGUAUCCUUGGCGGCACAGACAGAGUGACUGACGGAGGCACUGUUUUGAGGCGACGGUCGCCGAAUGCGUCAUUCCGGGCUAUUAACGAGGGCGAAUCAGAAAGCGCGGCGCUUUCUGUUCUCGUUAAAGGCACCAGCGCUACAGUCACACCCAUUACCAGCGUGCCUGGCAGCCCGUCCGACACGCCCCGACCUCUCAAAAUCAGCGUAGGGGCAGGAUCAUCCUCGAUAGAGACUUCCGCGAUAGCAGCAGCAGUAGCAGACGGGAUGGGGACUACAGGAAUAAGUGGAGCAGGAGGAGCAACAGUAAGAAUCGAGACUGCAGCCGCUUCUUUCAGGCCGUCACACUCGGAGAUUGAAGAGUGUGUGACAAUAGAGGGCGGUUCACUUCCCUCCAACGCAAUAGAGGGGGGAUUGCCUGCCUCCGGCGCAGGCGUGAGUCAGGUCAAGAGCGAGGGGAAUUUGGAUCGGAGGGGGCUGUUGCAGGGGCUAGGCAGCAGAAGCUUUGGAAUGGGCAGUAGAGGCUAUGCUAGUGAUACUGGAGGGGGAGGAGUCAGAUGGGGGGCGGGUGCAGGUUUUUCUGGUGCAGGCGCUUCUGGGUUGGGUUCUGCUGGGGGAGGUGCAUCUGAAAACGCGGGAGGGGUUGGGGGGAAGCGGAGCGGCGGGGUUUUGGCGCGAGUGGGGAAGGUUUUGGAGGCAAUGACGCCGAGGAGGAGGGAGGUGAGGGAGGAGCAGGCGGAAGCACACACAACUAUUGAUGUGGACGAUGCGGAGUUGGAAGAGCUGCUGCGGAAAAGCCAUCCAGAGAACGCCGAAUGUCUCAUCCCCGUCACAGUGUUUGGGCUGCUGCAGCACAUUGUGGAGACGCACAUGGAGCACUUAGAAGAUGUGGUGGUGGAGGUGGAAUGCAUGCUGGACCAACACGAGAGAGACCUGGAUGAAGGAUCUGAUCAUCGCCUGCGGUUACUCAAGGAUAGGACCUUCCCCAAGCUGCACCUGGACUUGCAGAGAGUGCUGCAGUCGCUGGCACACGGGGAGGUGGUGCUGCCGAAGCUGAAGGACAGGCUCGUGGCUCGGCACUGGUGCGCCGGACCUGUAGCUUCGGCAGUGCUGGACGGGGCCAUGGCUCGGCUGAGGAGAGGCAAGGAGAAUGUGGGGUUUCUGACAGCGAGAAUCACGGCGCUACAGACGGGGCUGGACCAAUGGCAGUCAGAGCAGAUCAACAAGAAGCUUUACUACAUCUCCUUCCUCUCCAUCGUAUUCCUACCGCUCUCCAUCAUCACUGGAGCCUUUGGCAUGAAUGUGGGUGGGGUACCCUGGGUUCAGCAAACCACCAACGACCCAAACGUCACCUCAGGGUUUAUCAACGUAAUUCCCUGUGACAACAACCCAGCACAGACAAUCUUGAACCGAGGAUUUCUCAACCAAGGAUAUUGCCCAAUGGUUCCUAAGCGAGCAGCUUCUGCGUUCAUCGAAAUGGCCGCUGCUAAGCGUCUCCGCGCGUCCGAGACCAAAGCCGUUGCCCAGUCCUCGUCGUCACUGGACUUGAUUCCGGAUGACGUUCUCUCCCUAAUCGCCACAUCCGUCGCGUCGAAAUGCGCAUCGGCCGCGGAGUUCGCCAGCCUGCGCCUCUCCUGCAAGCGCUUCCACGACGUGGCCACGUUCCCCGAGGUCCUCUCCGCUCUCCCCAUCUCCGCGCUCACCUGCCCCGCGCGCGCCUACUCCGCGUCCUACCGCUCCUUCCUCCGCGCGUGCGCGGACGCGCGCAACAACGAGGCCGCGUUUUUCCUCGGGAUGAUCGAGUUCUAUUGCCUAGGCGACCGGAAGGACGGAAUCAAACACCUAGUCCAAGCCGCGAAAGCCGGGCACCCCGGCGCGCUGCAUUCUCUCGCGGUCGUCCAUUUCAACGGCAGCGGCGGUGCGGUCCCCGAGCGGAAACUCUCCGUCGGCGUGCUUCUCUGCGCCAGCGCGGCGCAGCAGGGCCACGUGGCGGCGCUUCGGGAGCUGGGGCACUGCUUGCAGGACGGGUACGGGAUCAAGAAGAACGUGGCGGAGGGGAGGCGGUUACUGAUGGAGGCGAAUCUGCGGGAGUUUGCGGCCAGCCAGGUGUUAUCUGGGGAAGGUGGCUUCCCCGAGGCUGAGCAGAAGCUUCGGCAGCUUGAUGCGGUGAUUAAGUCCGUGAAGGCGGUGAUUCCGAAGCUAAGCGCGGACGAGGCGCGGAGCAACGAGCAGGAGCAGGUUAAGUACGGGCAAGUGCCGGCGUCUGCUGCGGCGGAGUCGCGAGCGCAGGAGUAUGUGGGUGCACAUGAGCACGCGCAUGAGCACGCGCACGCGGGUCCCUGCAACCCGCCUUGCGCCAACGGCGCGUCUUCCCCCGCACAGCUGCUGCAAUCCCUCUGCCGUUCCCUGCGCCCGCUCAUGAGCGACUUCGGUUGCGCCGUUCCUGAUCUCCCCCUUCCCCCCGCCUCGCGCUUCCUCCUCGAGUGGAACGCGGAGCACGGCAUCCCCCCGCCCGAGGGCGGACUGAAGGUGUGCGGAAACGUGCGGUGCGGGCGGCCAGAGACGCGCGAGAAAGAGUUCCGCUGCUGCGCGGUGUGCUCGGGCCCGAGCUACUGCUCGCGCGCAUGCCAGGCGCUGGAUUGGCGCGCGGGGCACAUGGAUGUGUGCGAAGAAGCCCCUUCCGCAGAGGAUGCGGUUCAACUGGGGGAGGCCGUGGAGCGUGGAGCCAUGUCGAAGCAAGACGCGCCCGCUACUUCUGCAUGGACUGUUGACGCGUUGAUGGCGCGAGCUGACGCUCAUGUGGCAACCAAGGAGUAUGCGAGAUCAACUCUAGAGGAGAUAAUAGACGAGGAGGCUUACGCUGCUGCUCGUGCACGUAUGGUAGGAGAUGAUAUAGCGGGACCAGGAGAGAGAAAAGAGGGCCAGGCAAGCGAUGUGGAAAGGAGAAUGGGCUACGGCAGGCCCUUAGAAGGAAACAAGGGGUCGAAAGGAACCAAGCGAAAGGAGUGA